AUGGAUCUCCCUCGCCCUCCAAUCUGUCCUGAGACUGAGGAUAGACAAAGCCAGCCUUGCGAAGGCUCAAUAUGCCGCUAUUUAUCCCAGACAGAAGAUGGUGUGCCCCCAACAUGGGUGCUAGAGUGCUUACCUGAAAACCAAUGCUUGCAUCGCCCAACAGCCCAAGCGUCGGUGUUGCAGAAGGUGGAUGAGCUAUUCAAAGACGACAAUGAGUCUAACAAGGGUACUCAUUCCUCUCCAAGCUGCCAGUUGACUUCUCAUAGUAAAUUAUGCUGCAUGAACCCUGUUUCACUAUGCCAUCUUCAACAAUGCCCAUCUGCCACCAAAGGAAGCUAUAGCCAACCAUCCAACAGCGCGCAUCAUGUCGAUCAAUCAGAAAAUAUUUUGGCCCACCAACAUAUGCAAUAUUGGGCAUCUGGGCAAUUCCUCGGAGGCGAUGAUGCGUUGCAGCUGCAACUUCCAGCUCCUGAUUACUCCGUCACCUCUUUCAGCAUUGAAGAAAACAUUGAGAGCAUCCAAUCGCUGGAUUACUUCACUGUUGAUGAUAUUUCCGGAAGUCAGCCAUCAUUGCUACCCGGACCUUAUUUACCCAACCCCGAGAGUUUAUAUCUGACAUACGACAAUUGCUCACAUCCCCCUUCAGUUCCUUUUUCUUCUUCUAAGGCCCUUUCAAUUACAGGAGGAAGGAAACAUGGCUGCACAACUACGGCAAGCUACCUUUCCGGUCCUCGUUCUGUGGACGAAGUAUUUUCGCACAAGAGCUUCUCCACCACCCACACCAAUCUAAGAUCCGAGCAGAAUGGUGCGCUAUGUAAUUUCGGGUCUAAGCAGGUAAAUACCGCUGAGCCUAAUGCGGGAAAUCAAACAAUUCAAAGAUGCAGCAGUGGGCGAAAAAGAUCUAGGCAAAUCGAAAAGAGUAGAACGGGGAGCAAAAGUCGACGCGUGGAUGAGAUGGAUGAAGAUGAAGAUGCAUCAGGGCGCUCUUAUAGUUGUCCAUUUUACCUAAGAAGCCCAGCAGACUACGGAGAGGGCAAAUGGGAACUCUGCGCAAACGGCGGAUGGCCAUCAUAUCACAGAGUCAGAGAGCAUCUACUUCGUAAGCAUAUACAGCCAACUAUCGUAUGCGACCGAUGCUUUGAAGACUUCAAAGAUGAUGUGGGCUUAAAGAAGCACGAUGCGUCAAUAUGUGAAAAGAAGGAGCACUCUCCAUAUCUAAACAAAAACCAACAGCGCGAGAUUGAAGCACCAAUUAAGCGUGGGAUGCGAGAAGCUGAGAAACUGGAACACAUGUGUCGCAGAAUUUUUCCUGAUGAAGUUAUCCUUAACCCAAAUAUAAACCACCUUGAACUGAGACUACGUUCAGUCAUCGCAAGUUUCCUGGAUGCUUCUUUUACAGAUGGAUUCAGGCAGCAAACAGUUCAACACAUCAUGGACGUGACACUCCAAGAGAUACGGAACGUCAGCUAUACUGCUGGGGCCAAGCAAGUGCACAAUCAUCAAAGAUGCGAUGGGGUGGAAAAUGCGUGA